GCUCGCCUCCCAGUGGCUGAGUCUACAUCGAAACCAACAGCAGUGGCGAACACACGAGGGAAGUGAAAAGAGCACACAUAUCGAGAAACAAAGAGUGGAGAGGAAAUUAAGAGUAAAAAGUGAAGUGUUCGUAGAAAUACUGUUUAAGAGAAACAAGAAGAUUCAAAGAUGAACUUUCUGUCGUCGACGGCCCAUUACAAGAUUGCACGCAACAUGUCGGGCCCUUUGGCGAUCGUCACCAUGAUGGUGCUGAUCGUCACCGUCUCCUUCCUCGCCCUCAGCAACAAGUCCUUGAGGGCGACCUUGGAGGAGGAGCGCACCCUGUCACUCAAGUCCAUUGUCGAGAAAUCAGACGACCUCUCCUCCUGCAUGUCGGAGUCGAAAUCACUUGAAGAGAAAAUCAAGGAUCUGACGGAACAGAAAGCGAAGCUCACACGCGAAGCCGAGACACGAGCGAAAGAACUGAACCAGUUGCAAGAACAAGCCGUCAAGAACCAGCAAAUGACUGAGGAAAUUGAUACCCUGAACGCGAGGAUCCACCAGCUGACGGAGGACGGGAAGCAGCUCGAGGGGAAGCUCCAGUCGGCGCAGCAGCAAGUAGGAGCCCUCGAAGCCACCAGGAAGGACCUCAGCGAACAGCUCGCCACGGCGCAGAGGGAGAUCGCAGACGCCAACGCUAAGGCAGGCAACGCUAUUCCUCAAGACAAGCCUGCUCCAGUGGUCGAGAUUGCUCCGGCGGCCCAGCCUGCUCCGGCGGCCCAGCCUGCUCCGGCGGCCCAGCCUGCUCCGGCGGCCCAACCUGCUCCGGCGGCCCAGCCUGCUCCGGCGGCUCAGCCUGCAGUUUAAUUCGAAAGGGAGAAAGGGGCAUUUAACGCUAAACACAGCCGUGGAGACAGAGGGAAACCAUCCACAGAAAAGGAAGGAAUUAAUGCAGGCAAAAAAAACUGACUCCUUUUUUUCAUCUAUUCAUAGUUAUUACAAUCUAUUUAUGUUGUACAUGUCGGAUGUGUGCCUGUUAGCUUUAAAGACUGUCUGUGUAACCUAUGUCAAUUUAUAUUUUUGUGAACAGUAGGUUUAUAGUGACAUUUUAUUUUACGAUGAUUCGUGAAUCUGUUGCACGUUUUUGUUUGCAAUUUGAUGUAAAUGUAUUGGUAUAUAUCAAAGUAUAUUGUUUAUAAUAUAUGAUAUAUGUCUAGUAUUGUGUGCAUCUUACUCGAAUAAGUAUACGAUAAUGUAGACACACACACACACACACACACACACACACACACACA